AUCCCAUAUGUUAAAACUGGGUUUUGGUCAUAAACCCUAAUCCGAAUCUUCAAUCCCGAACGAGCUUCACCCUCUAUUCCAAACAGGUAAUUCUUCCCUCUAAUCUUUACUCUCUUUAUCUUUGUAUUAAUUUCUAUCAAUACUUGAAAAUUUGAAAUGGAACCUCUGCUUCUGCUUGCUUCACACAAAGCUUCAAUAUCAACCUCUUUCCCCCUGUUUCUCCCUUACAAAUCCGCAUUUCACCGCAAACCAAAGCUUUCUACGAAAUCCCAUUUCCGUCCCUUAAACGAAGUUUCAGAAAAGACGCCAUUUUGGGGCCAAAGUUUGGUUUUUCCAGAUAAGGGUUUUACUUCCUUGGGUAAUCUGAGAAAAACCCAUGUCCCUUACGAGCCGGUAAGAGCUGCAGUUAAGAGAAGAAAAGAGGUUCCUUUUGAUAACGUGAUUCAAAGGGACAAGAAGCUUAAAUUGGUGUUGAAGAUAAGGAAGAUUCUAGUGAGUCAACCUGAUAGAAUCAUGUCACUUAGGUCAUUGGGGAGGUAUAGAAGAGACUUAGGUCUUGAGAAAAGGCGCAGAUUUAUUGCUUUAUUGAGGAAGUUUCCUGGAGUGUUUGAAAUCAUGGAAGAGGGGGCCUAUUCAUUGAGGUUUAGAUUGACACCUGAAGCUGAAAAGCUAUAUUUGAAUGAGUUGAGAGUCAGGAAUGAAAUGGAAGGCUUGUUGGUUGUUAAGUUGAGGAAGUUACUGAUGAUGUCAAUGGAGAAGCGGAUUCUGUUGGAGAAGAUUGCUCAUUUGAGGACUGAUCUUGGGCUUCCUUUAGAGAUUCGUGACACAAUUUGUCAGCGAUACCCUCAGUAUUUUCGUGUUGUUCAAACUGAACGAGGCUCUGCUUUGGAAUUAACUCAUUGGGAUCCCGAGCUUGCAGUAUCAGCUGCUGAACUAGCUGAAGAGGAAAAUCGAGCUAGAGAGUUGGAGGAGAAAAACUUGAUUAUAGAUAGACCACUUAAGUUCAAUAGAAUUAAGCUUCCCAAAGGUCUUAAUCUUUCUAAGGGUGAAACGAGAAGGCUAUGUAAGUUUCGGGACAUGCCUUAUAUAAGCCCUUAUUCAGACUUUUCAGGAUUGAGAUCGGGAACACCAGAGAAGGAAAAGCAUGCCUGUGCUGUUGUACAUGAGAUGUUGAGCCUAACUGUUGAGAAGAGAACUCUUGUUGAUCACCUCACUCAUUUUCGAGAGGAGUUUAGAUUCUCUCAGCAACUUCGAGGGAUGAUAAUAAGGCACCCUGAUAUGUUCUAUGUGUCUUUGAAAGGGGAUAGGGAUUCUGUUUUCCUCAGGGAAGCUUAUCGCGACUCUCAAUUGAUAGAUAAGGAUCCACUAUUGCUUAUUAAAGAAAAAUUCCGCUCUCUUGUUGCCAUUCCUAGGUUCCCAAAAAGGGGUAGUUUGAAGAAAGACGAUGAUAGGAAUGAAGAAAGUGAUAUGCCGGAGGAGGCAAGUGAUGAGGAAGGAGAAGAAUGGUCUGAUAUGGAUAGUUAUCUGAGUGAUGGUGGGUUUGAUGAUGCUGAGGGUGGCAAAGAUGGUGAUGACUAUGAGGAUGAUUGGAGUGACGAAGAUGAUGAUGAUGAUGCACCACCAGAUUUCGAUGAAGAUGAUGAGCCUGUUAAUGUUAGAUUGAGCAACCGAACUAAACAAGAUGCUUUCUUGGCUAAGAAAGAAGAAAAUCGUGUUCCUGUAUUUCCUGAUGGUCGGCCAAGAGAGCGAUGGUAAAAAGAUACCAAAUUUGCUAUAAAUUGGAGACUUCCCCUCCGUUUGACCCCAAAAUAGUUGCUUAUCCAUGUUUGGUUUCAAAAGGCUGGGUUUGGCUGGAGAAAGAAUCCAGUUUACUGUUUGAUUCAAUGCCAAAUCUUGUUUCUUGUAAGCUUGGAGCAAUUUAUCCCUUUGUUCAUAUAUAUGAGACAUCACCGGUGAUCUAAACGGAAAUAUUCAGGUGAUUUGUUCUUGUUU